CACACACACACUCUUGUGUCCUACUGCCCGAAGAAACAGAAGAAUGUGCUCCUGAUUACAACUCUGCACACCGCUGUGAGUAUCAGGGAGGACAAGAAGCCCAACACUGUCCUGGAUUUACAACAGAGGGGGAGUUAGCAACCUUGAUAAGGACAAGGGGAGCACACAAGGAAGUCUUGCUAAACGGGAGGAUGCUUUGCUAGUAGUUUUCAGCGUUGUUCAACAUCAACAAGUAAGCAAGACUUAUCACAGGAAUAUUGGACAUUAGUUCUUGGGAUUCUAGGAUGCUUGUAGAAGGACAUUUCUUUCCAUUGUGGAUGUCUAUUGUAAGUGUCAAAUAACUGCAAUAAUUUCAACACUUAAUCUGUAUUGAUACUGGCAUUCCUGAGGUGCAUAUAUAGUUGACUGAGAAUUUAUGUGCUAUUGGUUUGUUCUCUUGGAAGACUGAAAAACAGUUGGCCUCAAUUUUAGUAAAAGUGUUUUAUUUUGACAUUCUUGAUUUAACUUUGUGAAAGUUAAAUAAUUCGGUAAUUCAUAUAACAUUCAUUUGAUCAAAUUUUAAAUGGGAAAAAUUGUGUGCAUUGGAAAGAAAGGAAAUUAAAUAUUAGCAUAACAUUGCCUAACAAUCAAACUGUAAGAUCUAAGUUACAAGCAGUGGGUGAAGGUGUUUAGAUAGUAAAGGUGAGAUAAGUGUCGUCCCUGCCUGAGAGAUCUCUUCUGGGCUCAUUAACCAUGACGAUGGGCACAGGGGGCCCCGUGGCCUCGUUCUCUGUGUGGGACUAUGUGGUAUUUGUGGGCACAGUCCUGGGGGCAGCUGGCAUUGGCCUGUUCCAAGCCAUCCGGGGCCGCAAGAACAACAGCAGCGGUGAGUUCCUGCUGGGGGGCCGUCAGAUGACAGCGGUGCCCGUUGCCAUGUCCCUCACUGCCAGCUUCAUGUCUGGCAUCACCGUGAUCGGCACACCAGCCGAAGCCUAUCGGUUUGGGGCGGACUACUGGAUCUUUGCCAUCUCCUAUGCCAUCAUGUCCAUCGUCACCGCCGAGAUAUUUGUCCCUCUCUUCUACCGCCUGGGCAUCACCAGCACCUAUGAGUAUCUGGAGAUGCGCUUUAAUAAGUUGAUUCGGGUGAUCGGGACAUCCAUGUACAUCACACAAACGGCCCUGUAUACUGGUAUGGUCAUAUAUGCGCCAGCUCUCGCACUCAAUCAAAUCACAGGGAUGAACCUCUGGGGAGUGCUGGUGGCCACUGGGGUGGUGUGCAUCCUCUACUGUACCCUGGGAGGUCUGAAAGCGGUGAUAUGGACAGACGUGUUUCAGAUGGUGAUCAUGUUAGCAGGUUUCGUGGCUGUCAUCGCAAGGGGGGCUGUCAUCCAGGGGGGCCUGGGGAAGAUCUGGGACGACUGCUACCAGGGAGGCAGGCUCAGCGCCUUUGAUUUUGAUCCAGAUCCUUUGAAGCGUCACACGUUCUGGACGAUCGUGGUUGGUGGCAGUGUAAUGUGGGUGUCCAUUUACUCCAUCAACCAGUCACAGGUGCAGCGUUACAUCUCUUGCAAAACCCUAACCCAAGCCAAACUGUCACUGUAUGGGAAUAUAAUUGGUCUCUGGUUGACUGUGAGCUUAGCAGUGUUCUCCGGCCUCACCAUGUACUCCAUUUACAAAGACUGUGAUCCAUUCACUAACGGUGAUGUAGGGGCAGUUGAUCAGCUGCUUCCUUACCUGGUGAUGGACAUUCUGGCAGCCUAUCCUGGAGUCCCUGGAUUGUUUGUGUCUGCAGCAUACAGUGGCACCCUAAGUACUGUGUCCUCCAGCAUCAAUGCGCUGGUGGCUGUCACUGUGGAGGACUUCGUCAGGCCAGUGUGGAAAAACCUGACCGAGAAACAGGUGUCCUGGAUCAACAUGGGCCUCAGUAUUUUCUUCGGGUUUUUGUGCAUUGGGAUGGCUGCAAUAGCUUCACUGAUGGGAAGCAUUUUGCAGGCAGCACUGUCCAUAUUUGGAAUGAUAAGUGGACCUCUUCUUGGACUUUACGUACUAGGCAUGUUCUGGCACACAGCAAACUCAACAGGGGGACUCACAGGACUGAUUGUGGGCCUUGUUAUUACACUGUGGGUAGGGAUUGGUGCGCAGAUAUACCCACCCCUAGCUGAUAAGACCAACCCCCUGCCAAUCAGUGUGGCAGGCUGUAACCGCACACAGGACCUGAACUACACCACCCUGGCCCCAUUGACCGGGGCAGUAACACUGACCCCUCUGCCUGAUGACCGGCCAGCUCUGGCAGACUCAUGGUACUCCCUGUCCUACUUGUACUUCUGUCUCCUGGGCAGUCUGGUGACUGUGAUCGUGGGCCUGGUGGUAAGCGCUAUCACAGGUGGUUGCAAGCAGGAGAAUCUACGCUUGGAUCUCUUUGUAAGGAGACGUGAUCUAUUCUGCGCUGGCUGUGGCAAGGACUCAGAGGCAUUAGACUCUGAGAUAAAUGAAAAGGCUGGAUCAGAGCUGAAGAAUGGAUCAAACAACGCUGGAUUCAAAGACUCUCAGUUUAACAUUGUGGAUAAGGAUGUGGAAAAGGUCACUAAAAUGUGAUGCUGUCACCAAGCUAAAUACACUCUGUCAACUGGAGUGCUCCAAGAGAACAAUUUGUCCUCUCACAUUUCCAUUCUAGUUUUAUUGUAAUGAAAUUCAUUGCUAAGAAAGGAAGCCCGAGUGUGUAAUUACGCAGAUGAAGUCCCUAAUCAGCAAAUGUGUGUGAAGAACAAGAACAAAGGACUAGCAUUACUAACCCCAUAUUAAACAGGGUCAAUAUGAACCGUGGGUUCGACAAAACAGUCAUGUUAUUUUUAUGUAUUUAUUUUAACUCAGCUGGUGUUUCAGUUUCUUGCUGUCGAGAGUUGUAAUAGUAGAGAAUGCACAAGGCACCAAUUCAAAAUGUGUUAGUGUAUGGGCAGUUUUCCUCUUGCUAUUUCACUCACUGACAGACUUUAAAGAGCCAUUUAUAACCUGUCCAAAAUGUCCAGUUGAUCAACUAGGUAGCAUAUGGUAGCUAGGUAGGUAUGUGAGGCUAACGAGCUAUCUUAUAGUUGUAGUUAUCAUGGCCAGAUUAAUUGAUCAGGGACCUCAACCCCAAAGCGGCCUCCUUUGUUUUUGUUGAGUCACUAAAGUAUCAUGUGAACACACAUAUGACAUGGCAAAAUGUCUAUAAUUGGAGGAAAUUAGCUUUAAAACUGCAACAACAACAACAACAACAAAAAUAAAUUGCCUACAAGAGGGGUGUGAACAGUUUGGGGUCGAUGGGUUGUGAGGUGGGGGUUUAUGACUUUAACAUUGUGUUAAGAUUAUAGAUAAAAUAGGUUUAAUAAAAAAUACAUAAAUUAAAAUGUACAUCUAACCUACUUGUCACUACAAAUAAUGGACUUGUAAUAUGAGCAUAUGCAGUUGAUAUGUGAUCAUGUUUAUUUUGUGUUUUACAGCCCUUGAGGCUGAUACAAUACAUUUGACUGUAUAUUAAUUUUGUGGCUAUAAAGAUUGUGUUGAAAUGUA